AUGACGACUGCGGUGGCAUCGCCUCCCAACUUUCAGAAUAUCUCCAAGCUUAAUUGGAAUGGUGUCGGCGGUGCUGGUGGAGGCUUCUCGGCAAUGAGCACUGACGAAGUGUCUCGCAUGUUCCUGCCCCAGCGCAAGACGGUGCACAGGAGCAGCUCAUCCUCAUCCCUUUCGUCCACAAGUUCUUCCGGUUCAACAGUCACACUCACACAAAAUGACGCCUCUAGUGAGGCAGGUCAUGGAGCGAAGAAGAAAGCGAGAGGAGGAUUUUGGCCGGUGUCAAAAUCAGAGUCUACCGCCAGUGUGUCCAAUGCCCGAGCAAAUGGAUCACUUCAAACAGCCAUCGGCAAUUCACUCAUGGGGGGGAAGGGUUCAGUGCAACCCGCGCUCCCCAGUCAAAAUCCUACCGGAUUAGCCAACGGAACCCGGAUGGUGAAUGGACAAUCUAUGGGUGAACAAGGAGCGAUUUUGGCCUUGUUGCCUAUGAAUGGCACUUUCGAAAGAAAGCAGAUCAAUUUACCAUUCUACCCUGAAGUUCUGCGUAUUGGACGGCAGACAAACGCAAAGACCAUGCCCACUCCUGUGAAUGGUUAUUUUGAUUCCAAAGUGCUGUCACGCCAACACGCCGAAGUAUGGGCCGACCGCAGUGGGAAAGUCUGGAUCCGGGACGUGAAGUCCUCCAACGGGACAUUUGUGAACGGACAGCGGCUUUCACCCGAAAACCGUGAAUCUGAACCGCAUGAACUUCGGCAGCAUGACACCUUGGAGCUAGGUAUUGACAUUGUGAGUGAGGACCAGAAAACUAUCGUCCACCACAAAGUCUCUGCAAAGGUGGAAUAUGUUGGACUUCCGGGGGCCUCAAACAACGUUCUCGACCUCAGCUUCGGCGAUCUCGACCCAUCACACGGCGGCGGACUACUCCCGUCACCUGUCAGCUCGCCUAUGAUCCAUUCACGCAGUCGCCCGGGCGGUCCAGCAGGCAGUGGACGGGUGUCGGCCCCUUCUAGUGUUGCCGGAAGUCAGAUAAGUUCGGUAGCUCAACAGCGGCAAAUGAAUUUCUGGGGUGCACCCAUGAACGUGGAACAGCUGGUCAAGACACUCUCUAGCGAAAUGCGCACAGCAAAACAGCAGGCGGCAGAACUUGAACAUGCAGGUUCAUUUCUAAACGCGAUAUUGACGUCUGGAGAGGAACCCUCCAAGUCUCAGCCACAGCCCAAGGAACUCGGUUCUCAGAGACAAUCGAAUGGACGGUCCAAGGCAACCAAGGUAGACCAUGUGGCCCGCUUUGCUGACCCCCCAGCACCUCCGCCGCGGCAGCCCUUACCUGAAAAGCCGGACGGCUCAAAAGCCAGCCCUAUCUCGACAUCAUUCACCAAUAUUCUGAAGAGGAGCGACACAGCCAAGCCCACCAAUACUUCAUCUCAUUCCCCAACAAACCCUCAAAACAGUCAGAUGCUGUCUCUUAUUGAAGCGCUGUCAAUUGCCAAGAAAGAGCUGGAUUCACAAGGGGCACGAGUCAAACAGUUGGAGGAUAUGCUCAAACAAGAGCGUUCGGCCAGAGAGGACGCCGAGGAGCGAGCCCGCCGGCUUGAGCAGCACGCUGCAUCCCGACCUGUCCCAUCAGUGCAAGAACAACAUGAGUCUGUUGCACAGUCAGAGCUCGUCAUGACACCAAUGAACCAAUCUAUAGAACACGAAAGAAGCAACGGAGUUGACAGGACAGAUGGUCUUCAACAGAACCUGGACCAGGUGUUGGGAGAGAUGCAGAGACUGAAAAUAGACGUUGACAAUUUCAAACGACGUGCCGAGACAGCCGAAGCGGACGCCGUCAGCGCAAGGAAGAGUCUUGCAGAGAUGAUUCACAGACUUCGGGAAGAAAAUGAGAAAGAAGAGGCGUCUCAGGAUAAGUCCAAGAAGCAACGUUCUCUAGCCGAGUUGGAGGACGACGCAGAGGUGGCUGACAUGGAUGAAACCGAGUCCAACUCGAGUCCCGCCGUGAAGUGGCCUCUACAUGGUAACGGCCACGUUCGAGCACCAAGACUGCCGGAUCAUGUCGAGCGAGCCGUUGCUACUGUGCUAAGGGACAGGAGUGGCCAGGGAGACUCUCUCGCCCAGUCUGCUCCAUACGUGUCGAUGCUGGGCGUGGUCCUGAUAGGGGUUGGGUUGAUGGCCUACCUUAAUUCGUGGCAGAAGUCCGAGAGAUGA